AUGAACAUUUCAGCAAGAGUGCUCUGUAGAAGAUUAAGAACUGCGGACUUUUCCAUCGGCCGACUCAUGAGUGAUAUUCCUGUUAACUUGAAAGAUUGGCGAAAAGCUUAUUUGAAUGAUGAAGAACCUUUCCUUCUCGAAUCACUUCUGCCUCACCGUGACCCCUUCAAGCUUUAUCAUACCUGGUUUGAAAACGUGGCUGCAAAAAAAGAUUUAUCUUUCGAAGAAGUGAAUGCUGUCUGUGUAUCAACCGUAGGACAGGAUUUGCGACCCUCAUCUCGGAUGGUUCUGAUGAAGAGCUAUGAUAAGGAAGGAUUUACCUUCUUUAGUAAUAAAACAUCAAGAAAGUAUGAAAAUAUCGCUGAGAAUAAGAACGCAUGUAUGCUUUUCUACUGGCCGUCCGUUCAUCGACAGGUUCGUAUCGAAGGUGAAAUUAGAGAACUUCCUGUAUCUGAUGCCGAUGAAUAUUGGAACAGUCGCCCUUUAGCUAGUAGAAUAGGAUCGAAAAGUAGUGUUCAGGGAGCUGUAGUUCCUAAUCGUGAAUUUUUAUUGGAGAAGAAGAAAGAGUUAGAAGAAUUGGCAGAGAAGGAAGGCGAGUCAGCUAUCACUCGACCGGAAACAUGGUGCGGGUUUAAGCUCAUUCCGCGAUAUUUUGAGUUCUGGCAAGGGCAAAGCAAUCGUUUACAUGAUCGCAUAAUCUUUUCUCUAGAAAAAGAUAAGGGAGAGGAAGUGGAAAACAAUUGGUUUAUGUAUCGUCUGUCUCCAUAA